GCCAUUCACAGGACAGCACAUGAAAUGUUUUCUGAGCCUGGCUGCUUUAUGACGUUUCACUUUUGGAGCUCUUUACAAAGAGGCAAGGGAUGCUUAAGUUAUGCGAGUUGGCUGAAGAGAAUUUAAUUGGCAAAAAUUAAAGGUUCGCAAUGUCUGAAAAUAAACAUUAAUCUGUCCUGUCAGUUUAUGAGUCCAACGUACUUCUCUUGAGUGGGGGCCACGAUCAGACCAUGGGUGAAAAUGAUAACGAUAAAAACAGCCAAGCUGGACAGCUGUUUGAGAACUUUGUUCAAGCCCCGACAUUCAAAGGCACACUGCAGGCAUUUCAUAUCCUCUGCCGUUAUCUGGACCUUGACCCUUUAGAUCAUCAGAUGUUCUACUCCAUGCUGAAGUCAAAGGUCAACACAUGGAAGGCAAAGGCGCUAUGGAGCAAGCUUGACAAGCAUGCCAACCACAAGGAGUACAAGAAGGGCAAGGCUUGCUCCAACACACAGUGUUUGGUUAUUGGAGCUGGUCCUUGUGGCCUGCGUACCGGCAUUGAACUGGCUUUCCUGGGCUGCAAAGUCGUGGUGAUAGAGAAGAGGGAGACCUUUGCCAGGAAUAAUGUCUUGCACUUGUGGCCGUAUACCAUUCAGGACCUGCGCUCUCUGGCUGCAAAGAAGUUUUAUGGCAAAUUCUGUGCAGGAGCAAUAGAUCACAUUAGUAUUCGGCAGCUACAGCUCAUACUCAUUAAAGUUGCGUUGUUACUGGGUGUGGAGAUCCAAGUGAAUGUGGAGUUUGUGCGGUUACUGGAACCCUCCGAGGAUCAGGAAACCCCAAGACCAGGAUGGCGAGCGGAGGUGCGGCCCAGUGAUCACCCUGUCUCAGACUUUACCUUUGACGUUAUUAUUGGUGCAGAUGGGCGAAGGAGCAGUUUACAAGGAUUUAGAAGGAAAGAGUUCCGUGGGAAAUUGGCCAUCGCCAUCACUGCCAACUUCAUCAACCGCAACACAACAGCCGAGGCGAAAGUCGAGGAAAUUAGUGGCGUCGCUUUCAUCUUCAAUCAGAAAUUCUUCCAGGACUUGAAGGAGGAAACAGGAAUUGAUCUAGAGAAUAUUGUUUAUUAUAAGGAUAACACACAUUACUUUGUAAUGACAGCAAAGAAGCAGAGUUUGCUGGACAAAGGAGUGAUUGUCAAUGAUUAUGUCGAUACAGAAAUGCUCCUGUGCAGUGAGAAUGUGAAUCACGAGGCCCUCUUGUCCUACGCCAGAGAGGCAGCUGACUUUGCCACAAAUUACCAGCUACCCGCUUUGGACUUUGCAAUGAACCAUAAUGACCAGCCCGAUGUGGCCAUGUUCGACUUUACCUGUAUGUAUGCUUCGGAGAAUGCUGCAUUAAUCCGAGAGAGAUUUGGCUAUCGGCUGUUGGUAGCUCUUGUUGGAGACAGCCUCUUAGAGCCAUUCUGGCCGAUGGGAACUGGUUGUGCCCGUGGAUUCCUGGCAGCCUUAGACACAGCAUGGAUGGUGAAGAGGUGGGCAGAGAACAUACCAUCGCUGGAGAUCUUGGCAGAGAGAGAAAGUAUUUAUCGACUGCUACCUCAAACCACUCCAGAAAACAUCAACAAGAACUUUGACCAGUACACGAUAGAUCCAGGAACACGGUACCCCAACCUCAACUCAAAUUGUGUACAGCCUCACCAGGUUCGUGAGCUGUACAUCACAACCGAUCUGAAGAACUGCCCACUAGAAAGAGUAAACUCCUUGCGAAAAUCUAUCAAAGUGUCACGUCAUGAGUCGGAGGUUCGUCCCAAUAGGCUUUUAACCUGGUGCCAGAAGCAAACCGAGAACUACAAGAAUGUGGCAGUCACUGACUUGACCAGCUCUUGGAAGAAUGGCCUAGCUUUGUGUGCAAUCAUACAUCACUUCUGUCCACAUCUAAUUGAUUUUGAUGCACUGACUGAAGAGGAUGCUGCCAAAAACAACCAGCUGGCCUUUGAUGUAGCAGAACGUGAGUUUGGGAUCUCUCCAGUCACCACAGGGAAGGAGAUGGCUUCAGUCCACGAGCCCGACAAACUCAGCAUGGUCAUGUAUCUCUCCAAAUUCUACGAGUACUUCCGCGGAAAACCACACUCAAUUUCCUCAGCGUUAUUCAGACAAGAUAGCAACAAAAUGCCUGCACCUUCAACCAGGCAAACAAAUUCAGUCUUCAAUGGUGUCAACUUGUUGCAAAGGAAACGGACACCAAAGCACGAAAAGAAAAGUGAAGACAGUGAUGCCACAAGUAAGAGGAGGAAAAAGACUGACAUGCUGUCACAAGAGGAGGCGAAUCCCAAAACAGAUGAAACAAAAAGUGCUGGGAACCAAAACAAAGUGAAGUCGAUGGCUACCCAGUUGUUAGCAAAGUUUGAGGAGAAUGCUCCGAGCUCCUCACUCCGGAGACAGAUAUCUGUGCCUUCCUGUGUUACAAAACCACCACUGCCCAUGUCUUCCAAAGGUCACACAAACCCUCGCUUUCUUAAACCUGAGGACCAAGGCGGGGCUGUUCUCUGUUCACGGAAAAUGAAGUCUGACCUGGUGGUCAAUGCUGAGCAAGUAAUCAGAGAAGCAAAAUACAUUAAGAAAGUUGAGAGUCAGGCAGGGGCUUCUAAACGUCUGACUGUAUCUCCUCACUCUGCUUUUGCUCUUACUGGGGUUCUCCAACGCCUUCAACGUUUAGAAGAAAAGCUCGAUCAGAGGAAAGCUCUGUCUCUUGCACAAGGUGACGUCCCCUUUAGCAGGAAGAGUAUCAAGGAGAGAGGAGCUCAUCUGACUGCCCUCUUUGGGGGCAGGACUCUCAGACAACAGGUGCCUCUGUCCGAUGCAAGCUCAUCCCAUUCUCUCUCCAACACCUCUCGCUCCACUCAUGACUCUGCUUCUUCUUCGUUGUCUACCAUCGCUCACCCAGCCGAUCCUCCAUCACAGAUACGCAGUGUGAAGGCGGCAGCUAUUAACUUGGAAAAGAUGUUUUUAAGCAGUCAGAACCAAUCGAGUAGCCGGAUCAAGGCUGAAACAGAGGUAUCUACACAUGAUGAGUCUCGUGCUGUAGUCUGCCAUUCAAGUGAAAGCAAAUCUUCUCAAUCUCCACACUCUGGCCAGCACUGUCCCACUCAGAUGACAGUGGGGAAAGUAUCAUCUGUAAUUGGUGCAAUGGCAGAAAUUUUGGUCACACUUUACCAAACUGAUCACAGGCCAAAAGGAGCAGUAACCUCGUCUGACUUGGGGUCACUGCGGAAAGAUUUUCCCCAGAAUCUCGGAGGCAGUGACAUCUGCUACUUCUGCAAAAAGCGUGUUUAUGUCAUGGAGCGACUGAGUGCAGAUGGUAAAUUCUUCCACCGAGAAUGCUUCAAGUGUGAGUUCUGCUCGACUACGCUGCGGCUUGGAGCCUAUGCUUUCAGUGUUGAGGAAGGAAAGUUUUACUGCAAACCUCACUUUACUUACUGUAAACUGAAUAGCAAGGCAAGGAAGAGGCGGAAUCAUCCAACAAUGUCAACAGACAGAAAGGGUGAAAUUCGGAAACACUUUCCCACACAAAGGCUGGUGGAAGUACAAAACUCUCUUCUGCAAAUGAGUGAGACUGUGCCUCUGAAUAAAUUGGACAGUGAGGCUUUGAUGAGUGCCGAAAACACUUGCUGCAUUAGUUCUUCACCUGACAAGCCCCCAGCAGUUUAUCCACUCCAGUCUGGGUCUGUUGACUGUGAAAGAACUAAAUGUGCACCUGGAGACUUCGAUCUGUGUGAAACACUCCCCACCACGGAGAGACACUCGCCUCAAAAAUCACCCGAUAACCUCCUGGCAAUCCGAGUCAUGGUGACUAGUGAUGGCAGCAGUUCUGAAGGUGAGAGAGCGGAGCCUUGCACUGACCCUUCUGACCAUGAAACGAUGAUCCCCUCUGGCCUGGGAGGCUCCUUACCAGAAGCAGAGGACGAAGAAAUGAGACAGAGGCACCAUCAGACACAGAGUAAAGAGGAAUCACACACCGGUCAAUUCAACCCAAAUUCCAAAGCUCAGGAAGCACUAAGCCGAGCUCAGAGCUUCAGUGCUCCAAGAAGCAACAGGCAAGAGACAUGGAGGAAGAAAAUCCAGAUCAAGCUCCCUUUGCUGCUGCGGAAAAAGAUUGAACCAGCAAUGAGAGAAACUACCUUGAAUCAAACGAACUCCAGUGAGAUUACAGACCAUGUCACUCAGGUUCCCUCUGUUCGCAGCCCGUCUCAUUUGACAAGAGGGCAUUCUUUACCAAGCAGGUCACCAUGGCAACAAAAAGCUCUCAAGAUUUCAAAGCUCUCUGUCAGAGUUUCUCCACCUCAGGUAACCAGCAACACAGACAUCCAACCGACAAGCAGUGAGCUCCAUCCAGCUCCAACAUCCCGUUCCACCAGGACAGCCCACAAAUUGUCUAUUUGGUGUAACAGUGGCUCAGAGAAGGAAGGACAAGAGGCUGUGGUUGGUGCACAUGUCAGAACUAAUAGAAUUACAAAGGAUGAGAACACACUCAUUUCAGAAGCCUCUACCUCAUCAGACCAACAGACUAAUCGGGCUCCACAUCCAAAGCUUACUCUACCUGGGGCUGUUGGAAUGGGCUAUUCAAUGUUACAAAAGCCACCACCCCUGAAUAGACAAUCACACCAUACAGUGAAAAGAUUGGUUCACUCACCAACACAACCGUCACAGUCACUGGAUUGGAAUUCCUCAGUCACAAGUAAAGCAACCAUGGAGGACUCGGAGGAGACUAAAGAGGUGAAAGUAAUUGCGGACCCUGUUGGAAAGAUUUAUAAUACAAAUCUUGACACAAAGAAUCCAAGUGAGUCUAAAAUUGAAUCCUCAGUUUUAGCUCAACCAAGCAUUUCAGCAAACUCAGAUCUUCACAGCCCACCAAAGGCUCCUCAUGUGGGAGGGUCUUCUUCACCCAGUGGUCAUACUUCAGGUAAUGAUUCUCCCAAAUCCCCGCUGAGUUUCUUAGUCAAUGCGUUUAAGUCCUUCUCUUCUGGAAAGAAUCCAGUGUUACCAGGCAGUGUGGAAAAGACUCAGGAUAAGCAACCAAAGACAAGACGGGCCAGGACUUUUUCAUAUAAUUCUUUCCAUGGAUUGUCUCUCAGUAGGUUCCAUAGUUUCACACAAGGGACACCUUCGUCCUCCCAGGAUAUUGAACAACCAAGUUCAAUUCUACCAAGUUCUCCGCUUACAAAUCAGCACAUGGAUGUAUCAUCAGAGUCUGCCAACACACCAGAUCACAGAGAUUUUCACAACACCUCACCACUCAACGGUGCAAGUGAAGAUUUCAGCAAGGUCACCAAGAGUGAAAAGCAACAGCAGAGCACACUGCCAAAGAAGAAAGAUGCAAAUCCUAGGGAUGAUAUCUCAAUAAAGAGUAUUGAUUCCAGUCAGAUAAAGUCAGAGUGCAACUCUGACAUCCAGAGGAACAAUGCACUAUUUUCUUCGCUGAGAUGGGGAAGCACAAAAGCUGAAAGUAAUGAGAAACCAGUCUUCGAGUUGGAUAGCUCUAUGGUGACUGGUUCAAAGAAUGACAUUUGGACAAUCUUUGCCAGUUUCAAGAAGAAGGGCGUUAGGAGGACAGAGAUGAAGGAAUCUCUAUCUAGUGUAUGCACCACGUCAGGUUCUCCUAAACUCCAACAUGUUAAAGAAUGUCACAGACAGCCAGGCAUCAAGGAUCUCCAAACCUACACCCAGGUCACUGAAAGUGAAUCUGAGUCAACCAGUGAUGCACCAUCUGAGGAGAUGUUCCCAUUAAGGUCACAGGAUUAUCAAAAUAUCCGAAAGAAGAGGAAGAUGCGGAAUAUGGCACUGCAGCAAAUGAAGCAGGAGGAAGUAAAACGACUCCAUAGGGCACAGAUCAUUCAGCGUCAGCUCCAGGAGGUGGAAGAGAAGCAGCGAGUGCUGGAGGAACGUGGUGUGCUGUUGGAGAAAGCUCUUCGGGGCGAGUCAGAGCUCAACUCAAAAGAGGAACCUCAAUUGAUGCAAAAGUGGUUCAAUCUGGUGAUGGAAAAGAAUGCCUUGGUUCGCUAUGAAGCUGAAAUGAUGAUAUUUGCUCGCGAAUUGGAACUGGAAGAUCAGCAGAGCCGGUUAGAGCAGAUGCUUCGUGAUCGGAUGGCAGUUGACGAAUCCAAGAAAGUGGAAAAGGACAUUGCUGAGGAGAAGCAGAUUCUGGAUGAAAUGAUGGAUGUGAUCAAACAGAGAUACAAACUGGACUUCCUGCUGAAAGAGCAGAGACUCCAAGAGAAGGAAGAAGAUCGAGAUUUAGAAAGUUGGUUGGUGGCCAAGGGCUACAAAUUCAACUGGUCAUGAAUAACUUGGCUAUCAGACUCAGCAAUAGAUUCAAUGGUUUAUAAAUGGACAGUCUGUACAAGAACUUUUCACUGGAAGUAAUGCAAUGGAAAAGGCACUGGUACCUGGAGAGUACAGUUUUUACCCACCUUGAACCAGGUGGGAUUCACUGCCUGCUCUUCAUCAAAUCCAAUUUGUUCUCCGCUUUGAGUUGGAAAUUACUGAUUACAGAAAGGACUGGUUAUGUCCCAGCUGGAUAUUUGUGUCCAAUUCUGGAUUUCACACUUUAGCAAGAACGUGAAAACUUUGAAGAAGGGAGCAGAAGAGUAUUACUAGAAUAAUACCAGGGAUGCAGUUAGCCUGGAGAAACAGAGAUUACUCUGAGAGCAGAUAAAUUUGUGGGGAGAUGUAAUAAAGGUGUUCAGAACUUUUCAAUAGAGAAAACAAUGGAAAACUCUUUUUACUGCCAUUGCACACAGAUGUACAUUAAUGACCAAAAGAACCAGUGGGAAAAAAUAAGACUUAUUUCAAAGUGGUGAAUUGUUGUGAUCUGGAGUUUGCUGCCUGUAAGGAUGGUGGAAGUAGAUUCAACUGAAACUUUCAAAAGGGAAUUUGUAAAGUAUCAUUCCUGCAAAGGAGAAAAAUAUUGCAGAGCUAUUACCAAACCACAGAGUGAGAGUGGACUAAUUAGAUAAACCUUUUCAAGGGAGCUGGCAGAAACAUGAUGUACCAAAUAGUUCCCUUCUUUUCCAUAUAAUUUCAUGAUGUCAAUGGAGCUUGGUGAAAAUUGAUCUCGUUAAUCAUUAAACAGUGUCUGUCUUGAUUGAAAUACUCACCACUUCUGAAUGGUCCUACUGUGAACCUCUUUGUUCAUUAAUUAGUAAAGCUGCUUGGGGUAAUAUUCUCACGUACAAAUGUUUUGUGCGAUGUUUUAUAAUGGGUUAUUAUAUUUGCAAAUUAUCUUUUAUUGUGGGCCAAUGGUUCACUGACCAAAGCUCAGUGGAGAGCUUGCUGUUAAGCUUUUUGCCAAUUACAGCUUAAUGACCUCAAGCUGUAGUUGACAACUUGACCCCGUGCAUUUUGUUCAUGGCUACGAGGCAUCAGAUAGGAAUUGCUGUUUAAAGAAUAUCAGAAUGUUUUAACACUAAACUGUAUGUGCACUGAAUGUUGACUGGAGUAAACAUGAUCACAACGUCUGUGUAAUAUCCUGUUUUAUUUCUGCAUUUAUAUGGAAUCACCUAAGGAAAAAAAUCUUCUUGGCCAUUAUUAAAGGGAAAUAUCUUCUUAUUAAA